GAGUCUAGUUUCGUGGUUUCUGUUAGCCGAUGGCUGCUACUCCUUAACAGACCGAGGCGAUCAGGGAUUAAAAAAGCAUUCACUCGUUCGUAGUGGGCAGUUGAGCUUGUCCUUUAUGAGUAUCCAACCCAUCAUUUGAGAGCCAGUUCGACGCCGCCAACUGAAUUGGAAGGACCACAAUUCUUUUUCAAUUCAAUUAUAAUUACUAGCUAUACGUUGCCCCGAUUGGACUUAUACCUACCGAAUGUUGGCGACCGGCACCGACACUUUGAAAAAUCGGAAGCAAUUCUCGUCGUUUUCAAUGAAUCAAAAUAAACUGAAAUAAAAUAGAACAGAUUAAAAAUAAAAUACAAUACAAUACGAUACGUAAUAGUGAAGUGUUUUCUCUGUAUCCGAAUUCGUCUUUCUCGAAACGCUGCAAUCUUCGAAAUGCAGGCGAUAUUUAUUCUCUUAGUCGCCUGUCUGGCGGCGACCCAUGCCGGUCAUUUCUACAAUGCUGACGGUACGCCGUACGACGCUUAUCACAAGCUGCAUUUGCCGGUACACGAUCCACCUCUGUAUCCGACAUACCAUCGAGUUCCCAACACCGGGUUCACGUGUCAAGGUCGCGGGGAUCAAUUGUGGGCAGAUGUUGCCGCUCAAUGCCAGGCUUACCAUCUCUGCCAGCGUGAGCAGCUCGUCUCGAGUCACCUCUGCGUCAAUGGGACCCUCUUCAAUCAACAAUUCCAGGUCUGCGAUCAGUUUUACAACGUCCGGUGUGGCAGCCCAUACGAAGAUUUGUAGAAAACAGGCGCAAACGUCGGAACCGAGGAUUUUUAAAUAAAUUUGGCAUACUCACUUGCUUCAGAUCUAAUCAUAAAUCGUCCCAUAAAUACGUGUGAAUGUGUAGAGGUGUAUUACCCGUAUACCAAUGUCCAUCCCACAUGCAAUCUUUUUAUAAUUGGUCCUGCCUGUAAUUUUGUGAUUCGCAGCGUUAUUCAAUAGAUUUGUAGGUAUAAGUAUGUAUCGAUAAGAAUAAAGUAUUGUUAAUAACUAGA